CUCACACGUAAGCCCUAAUUUAUUGAGUUGAGCCCGACCGAGUCUUGUGCUUUGUUGCAUUCUGUAGGAGCAGCUGGAAGGAGCCGCUUUGCGAUUUGUUUCCGUAUUGGUGUUUCGGGAAUUCGCGAAGCUCGAGGAUCUGCAAGGAAGAUAGGGUCUGCUACGCGUAACGCAGCUAAACCAAGAAAACGAGUUCGUUUGGAAGAGCAUCGUCGCCUGUUGUCGCCGCCAGUCGCCACCGCCGCCUGUCAUGGGAUCGACUGACGUACGUGUAGCGGCAAACGCGAUCAGUAAGGAAGCGCAAGGGUAUGGCAAGGAUCAACAGAUGCCCGCAGGCUAUCCUGAUUGGGCAGCGGCAUUUCAGGCGUACUACGGCCAGGCGGGCCAGCCACCGCCCGGCUACUACCCGGCAGCGACCGCCGCACCCCAGCACCAUCCCUACAUGUGGGGGCAGCACAUGAUGACCCCCUACGGGCAGCCUCCCCCCUAUGGCGCGCCAAUGUACCCCCCUGCUGCCAUGUACCCGGGCGCGCAGCCUUAUAUGGGGUACGGCAUGCCAUCAGCCACUGCAGCAUCGAUGGAUGCUUCAUCAGUAUGCCAUGGCGCCGGGCAUGCAGCCAGCAGCAAUGCACGCGGAUCAGAGGGAGGGGGGAGGGGCGGCAGCAGCAGGAGUCGGGGGGGGGCAGGGGCAGGGGGAGGGGUAGGGGGGGAAGAUGGAGGGGGGCCGAAAGUUGGGGAAGGGGGGCCUAUGGGUGCAGCAGCAGGGGGAGGGGGAGGGGGAGGGGGGGGAGGGGUGGGGCUGGGUGGUGGGAUGACGUCAGAGGGAUCGAAGCUACAGUCGGGGAAUGGCGUGUUUUCCACCAGCGGAGGGGAGGAUGAUUCGGAAGACGACGAUGAGGGCACAGACCAUAAUGAGGAAGGGGGAGGCUCUGGCGGAAAGGGAGGGGAAGCAGGAGAAAUGGGGGGAAUGGUGCCUCUAGACUACUGGUCCGCGCAAGCACAGGCACAGGCACAGGCACAGGCACAGGCGCAGGCACAGAUGCACCAAGCGGCAGCAGCAGCAGCAGCAGCAGCAGGGCAGAUGGUCCCAGGGGGGGCAGGAGCAGGGAUGCCAGGCGGGGUGGGGGGUGGCGGUGGUGGGGGGGGAGGGAAGAAGCGGCCUGCUGUGGCAGCAGGAGGAGGAGGAGGGAUGGGGCUGGCUUCUGACCUCUGGGUUCACUCUGACGAUCGGGAGGUGAAGAAGCAGCGCAGAAAGCAGUCCAACAGAGAGUCUGCUAGGCGCUCACGAUUGCGCAAGCAGGCGGAGUGUGAGGACCUGAUGGGGCGGGUGCGUGCGCUGACGGAUGAGAACCAGACCAUCCGAGUGGAACUGCAGCGCAUGCAGGAGGAGUGCCACAAGAUGGCGCAGCAGAAUGCGUUUCUGCAGGAGCGGCUCAACGGCAAGAAAGCAGCAGCCAACGGCCCAUCGUCUGCCCCCCACGCUGCCACUCCCCUCCCUCUGCCACCCUCGGGACUCCCUCCCCACUCGCUGCCGCCACACAUGCCUCCAGAUGCAACCGCAGCCGUCGAUCCCUCUGGAGCUGCGAUUCCAUUGGCCGGCGGCCCCAGUGCUGAUGUCAAUGGUGCAAUGGUGCAUGUAGAUCAGCAGCAUCAUCAGCAGCAGCAGCUGCAGGAGGGAGGGGCAGGGGGAGGGGCGCUGGCGGGUGGCACUGGUGACGGUGUAGGAGUGGCAGGGGUGGAUGGACUAGGCAUCUCAGGGGUUACUGUUGGUGCAGUGGCAGCAGGGCGGUUAGGGCAGGGGACAGAAAAGAUCAGUGCUCUGACUGCUGCGUCAUGAGGAGUGGUGGGUAGGUGCGUUUGACAGCUUAGAGAGUGAAGGGAAGAAUACAAUUUUGUUGCUGAUAGUGGGUAUAGUUUUUUAAGUGUAAGGGGUAUUUUUCACAUCUGUUUCUGCUACAGAUUUACAAUUUUACAACCUGAAUAUAUCACGUGGAUCGAC